AAUAGAAUGGCCACAGAUGACCGACAUCUGGCCUCCAGCUGCGGGUCCUACAUCAAGACGGAGCCGUCGAGCCCCUCCUCCAUCAUCGACACAGUCAGCCACCACAGCCCCAGCGGCAACUCGGACGCCAGCGGCGGCUACGCCGGUGCCAUGAACAGCCACCCCAACGGCCUGGACUCGCCGCCCAUGUUCACGCCCGGAGGCCUGGGGGGCGGAGCCUGCCGUAAGCGCUAUGACGACUGCUCCAGCACCAUCAUGGAGGACUCGCCCAUUAAGUGCGAAUACAUGUUGAACUCCAUCCCCAAAAGGCUGUGUCUGGUCUGUGGAGAUAUAGCCUCAGGAUAUCACUAUGGUGUGGCUUCUUGUGAGGCCUGCAAAGCCUUUUUCAAAAGGACGAUACAAGGAAACAUCGAGUAUAGCUGUCCGGCGACAAACGAGUGUGAGAUCACCAAACGGAGACGCAAGUCCUGCCAGGCCUGCCGCUUCAUGAAGUGUCUGAAAGUGGGGAUGCUAAAAGAAGGUGUGCGCCUGGACCGCGUCCGAGGUGGCAGACAGAAGUACAAGAGACGGAUGGACACAGAGAGCAAUGCCUACCUGGGCCUAACGCUCCCCCCCCCUGCCAAAAAGCCAUUGACGAAGAUUGUGUCCCACCUGCUGGUGGCUGAACCGGAGAAGAUAUAUGCCAUGCCGGACCCCAGCAUGCCCGAGAGUGACAUCAAGGCCCUGACCACACUGUGUGACCUGGCCGACCGUGAGCUGGUGGUCAUCAUCGGCUGGGCCAAACACAUCCCAGGCUUCUCCAACCUGUCGCUGGCAGACCAAAUGAGCCUACUGCAGAGCGCAUGGAUGGAGAUCCUCGUCCUGAGCAUCGUGUUCCGCUCGCUGCCCUAUGAGGACGAGCUGGUCUACGCGGAGGACUACGUGAUGGACGAGGAGCACUCGCGACUCACUGGCCUGCUGGACCUGUACGUCUCCAUCCUGCAGCUGGUGCGCAGGUACAAGAAGCUCAAGGUGGAGAAGGAGGAGUUUGUCACUCUCAAGGCCAUCGCCCUCGCCAACUCGGACUCCAUGCACAUAGAAGACGUGGAGGCAGUGCAGAAGCUGCAGGACUCCCUGCACGAGGCCCUGCAGGACUACGAGGCAGGGCAGCAUGCGGAGGACCCGCGGCGGACCGGCAAGCUGCUCAUGACGCUGCCUCUGCUGCGGCAGACGGCCACCAAGGCCGUGCAGCACUUCUACAGCAUCAAGGUGCAGGGCAAGGUGCCCAUGCACAAACUCUUCCUGGAGAUGCUGGAGGCCAAGGUGUGACGGGGAGCAUGGCGGGGAGCCGGAGGGGCUGCCGGGGUGGAGAGGCACGCGGGAGCGCCCCCUACUGACCCGCUCCGGCAACAGACUGCUCUUUCCGGCAUCCAAGACGUUUUUAAAAAGCUUAAAAAAACACAAAAAAAAAAGUGAAAGCAAACUGGGGUAAAGUAUAAAUAUAAAUAUUGCAGAUUAAUUUAAGAUAUAUAACAAAUACUAUGUACAGUGAGUUUUUUUUUUGUUGUUUUGUUGAUGGUCUGUGGUCAAAUACAAAGA